AUGGACCUUGAUGAUGAAUCUCGACUAAGGAAUGUCUUUUGGGCUGAUGCAAGAAGUAGAGCAGUGUAUGACUCUUUUCAUGAUGUCGUUAGUUUUGACACAACAUAUUUGACGAACAAAUAUGAUAUGCCUUUUGCUUGUUUUGUUGGAGUGAAUCAUCAUGGACAAUCAGUUUUGCUUGGAUGUGCUCUAUUAUCAAAUGAAGAUACCGAAACAUUUGUUUGGUUAUUUCAAGCAUGGCUCACAUGUAUGUCAAAUCUCCAUCCAAAAGCUAUUGUAACCGAUCAAGCAAAAGCAAUUCAGAAUGGUGUGGAAAGAGUUUUUCCAGAAUCUCGAUAUAGAUGGUGUUUGUGGCAUAUAAUGAAGAAGAUACCCGAGAAGUUUGGUGGAUAUGAUGAGUAUGAUCACAUUAAGGCUGCUAUUGGCAAGGCAGUUUAUGAUUCAUUAACAAUUACAGAGUUUGAAGUUGCUUGGAUGCAUAUGCUUGAGAAGUAUGAUCUUGGUGAUAACGAAUGGCUUAAAGGGCUUUACCGCCAUAGGCACCGAUGGGUUCCAGCAUUUGUGAAAGAUGCUUUUUGGGCAGGUAUGUCUACUACACAACGUAGUGAGAGUAUGAAUGCCUUCUUCGAUGGGUAUGUUAAUGCAAAAACUACAUUGAAGCAUUUUGUUAGCCAAUAUGAGAAUGCUCUUCAUGAUAAAGUUGAGAAGGAGAAUAUUGCUGAUUUCAACUCUUUCAAUUCAACCAUACCUUGCAUCACACACUUUGAUAUCAAGAAGCAAUUUCAAUCAAUCUAUACAAAUUCGAAGUUCAAAGAAUUUCAAGAAGAGCUAACACACAAGAUGUAUUGUGAUCGGAAGUUAAUAGAAAAAAAAGGGGCAAUGGAAACAUAUGAAAUAACUGAGGAUGUGCUGAUUGACGAAGAAAAAGGGUGGAGAAAAGAUAUUGUGUACCAUGUACAAUUCAGUGAGGAAGAGUUUGAAGUUAAGUGUUCAUGUCGCCACUUUGAGUUCAGGGGGAUUCUCUGUAGGCAUGUGUUAUGUGUGCUCACUCACAAGAAAAUCAAGGAGGUUCCUCUACAAUACAUUCUUGAUCGGUGGAGAAAAAAUGUGAAAAGAAAACAUAACUUCAUCAGAUGCACAUAUGGCGGCAUGGAAAAUACUCCUGUUGCAAAUCGUUUUGAUAGAUUGUGCAACAGUUUCUACCCAGUUGCAGAGAUAGGCGCCAUGUCAGAUGAUUCAUGCAAUUCAUUGAUUGAAGAUCUUUGCACCUUGAAAAUUAAGUACUCUAGCAACUCAAGUUCUGAAAAUAAUAAGGAUCAG